UCUCGCGUAACGUCUCUGGUAUAUAUUGAGCUAAUAACCUAUGUUAAUUCAUCAGUUCUAUCGCGGAAGUCGAAGAAGAAAGAUCGAAAUGUUAGCUAAAAUCGUUAUACUUGCUUUGGCCCUCGUGGCAGCCUAUUGUGAGGAACAUUCGUACUCUCUGAAAACACACAUCCAGCAUGAAGUGCCUGAGGCUUAUAAGAGCCAUUACGAGCGCAUCCCAGUGAGAUUGCACCAGGAAGCUAAGGAAGUGCAGUACCAGGCUCAGCCGGAACACCAUGGAAAUGCCUACUCAUCUCAAAGCAUUGUUCAUCAGCAAUACCAGCAGCAGCAACAACAACAAGAGUCGCAUGAAGAUUCUGGACACUCAGCUCCAGUUUACGAAUAUGUUCCUGCCCAAAGCCAAGAAGACUUGCAUCAAUAUUCUGCUCCCCAGCACAAGGUCCAGGCCAUACAUUAUGCCCCAGCUUCUCAUCAUCAUGAGAGCCCAGUUCAUGUACCAGUUGUACAUAAAGUCCAAUCUCAUCAACCAUCGCACGAAUCAUUAAGUCAUCAUCAACAGGCCCCGGUCUAUCAUCAUCAGUUGGAAGCUCACUCCCAUCCGUCUGAGGAUGAACCUGUUGAUUACUAUGCUCACCCUAAGUACCAGUAUGAGUAUAAUGUGGAAGACCCGCAUACCGGUGACAAUAAGUAUCAACAUGAGUUCCGUGAUGGAGACGUUGUGAGGGGUGUCUACUCUUUGCACGAGGCUGAUGGUUCCAUCAGGACUGUUGAAUACACUUCUGAUAAACACAACGGAUUUAAUGCGGUAGUGAAGCAUACUGCCCCUGGCCAGCAUGUGCAGAUUGAGAGCCACCAUCAUAAUUAAUUUUCCUUGUUGAAGACUGAACUGUUGUUGUUCCGUUUUUGUUGUUACUAAAUGUGUACUAAUUAUUAAAUUAUUUCUUCGCUUAUACAUAUAGCUGUGUUUUAAUUUUUAACCUCCAAAUGAAAAAGUUCUUUAUAACUUUAGUAAGAGAGUUUAAGCGAUUAAUCGUUCCCAAUAUGAUUUUAAGACAGUUAAAAAUAUCAC